AUGGACCUAAUUAAUAAUCUUUCUGACCGUCUUCUUUUUGCUGUUCCCAAGAAAGGUCGUCUUCAUGAGCAAUGUAUUGCUCUACUUCGGGGUGCCGAUAUUAAUUUUCAUCGUCACAAUAGACUUGAUAUUGCUUUAGUCCAAAAUCUUCCCAUCGCUAUUGUAUUCCUUCCAGCAGCAGACAUAGCGAAGUAUGUUGGUGAAGGAAAUGUUGAUAUGGGCAUUACUGGUCAGGAUAUGAUAUUCGAAUCACAAGUUAAUGACAAAAUUGAUGAGAUUCUGGAGUUAGGGUUUGGAAAAUGCAAGCUACAAGUUCAAGCACCUGUUAAGGGCGGAGCGACAAAAGUUGAGGAAUUGGUGGGUAAAAGGAUUGUUACAAGUUUCGAAGCAUUGGCUGGGAAAUAUUUUGGAGAAUUGGAUGAAAAAUAUUUGAGCGAGAAAGAAAGGAAAGCCGGAUGUAAAACAAGAAUUCAAUAUGCGAUUCUAAUUCGUAGCAAAAAUCCUUCAAAUCCUUCGCUUUCCUCAAAAAUUGCUGCUCGAAUUAAAGGUGUGAUAGCUGCACAAAAAUACGUAUUGCUUAAUUAUAAUAUUUCACGUGCGGGUAUUAAGGAGGCCACAAAGAUUACUCCUGGUAGACAGGCACCAACUAUUAGUCCAUUGGAGGAUGGAGAGUGGGUAGAAAUACAGAGUAUGGUUAGUAAAGACGAAGUUGCUGAGAUUAUGGACAAAUUGGAGGAAAUUGGAGCAAAAGAUAUUUUGGUUUUUAGAAUUGAUAACU